AUGUUGUUUAGAAGAGUCAUUUUCAGAUUUUCAAAAGAAAAGAUAGAUAAGAUUCUAGACCAUGAAGACUAUCUAUCUUAAUAAAUAGACAAAAUGGCUGCAGCUUUCAAUACUCAGAACAAUAAAAUAUUCAAUAAUUACAUAGUUUUCUAAAACAAAAUUAAUGUAGAUGGUACUUAGAAUUUGCUUAAAAAUAAGGAUUUUCAACCAAAUUGAAUAGAUCUGCAGCAAUAUAUAUUACUCUAUGGGGUAUGGCAGGUGGACUUUCCUAUUUUUAUAUAAAUCCUUUGGUUACAUUGAUUCCUGCAUUUUUUUCAAUUUAAACAAUAUCAUCAUAUGUAACUGGUAGAAAAUAUUUGGGUAAAUUGGUUUAAUCAAUAACUUUGGCUAAGGAUUAAAAAAAAUGUUUAAUUGAAUUAGGAAAUAAAAAAGUUUUAGAUGUCAAUGUUAUAGAUAAUGAAUUAUUAAAUAUUAGUGAUGUGAUAUCAGUAUCAAACAAUAAGAUAGAAGAAGAAGUGGUAACUAAUAAAGUAUUAUAAAGAAUGAAAAAUAUAGAUAAUCAAAUUAUGUUAUAUAAUUUGAGACAAAAUAUGAUAGUAAAUUAUAUGAAGAUUUGAGAGUAUUAGUAACAAAAGACAAUGCUGAAAUUCCUAAUAUAAAAUUGCUUUAAGAUAUUAUUACAGGAGAGGAUGUUAGUGGAUACAUUUAUGAGGAAAUUGUAUAAAAUUAAGAAGAUUUAAUAAGAAAGGAGACUGAUGAGGAAUUGGAAAAAAGGUUGAAAGAUGAAUUGAAAAUAUGA